AUGAUUCAGGCAAUCGGACACCCCGAUCGGACCAGUGGAUGCGGAGAAACACCCUCCCACGGGGGCUCAGCGGCGUACGAGCCGGUGGAGCGGAUAAGCUUAUCUGCUCCACCAGGCCAAACUCUUAUCUACUUGGCGCUGUUUGUCUUACAAAGGAUUUCAUUGUGUUGGCACGACCCGAAGCCAUCAUUCAAGCCAUCGGGCACCCCGAUCGGAUCAGUGGGUGCAGAGAAACACCCACCCACGGGGGUGCAGCGGCUCAAGGGCCGGUGGAUCAGUUAAGCUCAACUGCUCCACCAGGCCAAACUCCAUCCGCAUGACAUUGCUUGUCCUACGAAGGCUUGCAUUGGGUUGGAACGGCCCACAGCUAUCGUACAAGCCAUCGGGCACCCUAAUCGGACCAGGGGUUGCAGAGAAACGUCCACCAACGGGGAGUCAUGUCUCAAAGGCCGGCUCGAAGGCCGGUGGAGCAGUUCUGUCGCCUUUUAGCCGUUCCCUCGUCAGAUUCACUGCAUGCCCUCAUCAGAUACACAGUAUUCCUUGAUCAGAUACGCUGUAUUCCCUGAGCAGAUGCGCUGUAUUCCCUCCUUAGAUACACUGCAUUCCCUCAUCAGAUACGCUGUAUUCCCUCCUCAGAUACACUGUAUUCCCUGAUCCGAUAUGCUGUAUUCCCUGAGCAGAUGCACUGUAUUUCAGAUACAGUGUAUUGCCUGAGCAUCUUGUAUUCCCUCAUCAGAUUCGCUGUAUUCCCUGAGCAGAUUCACUCCAUUCCACGGAGUGCAGCGUAU